GCCGACUUCGCUGCCCGCGACUUUCGCACAUUUCGCGCUUAUUUAAUGGAAACUUGCUUUUAGAAUCGCCACAGUAUUCCGGGCAGCUUUGCGGUGUUUGUAUCUGGUGCCGUUGAAUCACUCCAACAAAUAUUUUACACGUUUCAAACGCUUUUGAACCAAAAAAUAUAUAACCCAUAUAUAAAAUGGCAAACUUCGUGUGCUUCGUUAUCCUUUCGUUGGCCCUUUUCGCCAGUGUUGCUGUGGCGCGACCGGGAUAUGCCCUGGAUUAUUAUGACCAUCCGAAAUAUGCCUUCAACUAUGGGGUGGCCGAUCACAGCACGGGAGAUGUGAAGUCCCAACAUGAGACUCGAGAUGGUGAUGUGGUCAAGGGUCAAUACUCUCUGGUUGAGCCCGAUGGUUCCAUCCGCACUGUGGACUACACGGCGGACUCCAUUCACGGCUUCAAUGCGGUGGUGACCAAGUCUGGACCCACUGUGCACGCCCAGGCUGUGGUGGCCAAUCCUAUUGUGGCCCACAAGCCCAUCCUGGCCCACUACGAACCGCAGGUGGUGAAGCACGUGGCUCCUGUGGCCCAUGCCCCACUGGUGGUGGCCUCCCCGGCGCCCUAUGUGGCCAAGCACUAUGCUCCGGCGGCAGCUGCUCCCAUCCACUACGACUACGACGAUGGCUACUACAACCAGGGCCAGCAGUACGAGUACAUUCCCCAGUACGACCAGUACAACUACGGCCACUACGCGAGUCCCUAUGCGGGUCACUACUAGGAUGGACUCGAAACUCCGACCUUUCGUAGACGUUUAAGCCCACUUAGUUGUACACCACCACCACCACCACCACCACCCGGAAACUCACUGGAUUCUCUCAGUGCAGCUCGCGAAGGAACUUUGAGAUCUACGCUACGCAAUCGAACAAAAGGGAAAACAUCAAGGUUAAUCUUACUUAAGUUAUGUAACAAAUUUGUAAAAUAAAGAUUCGAAAAAAUGUUUAAGUGGAAAUACGAAAA